AUUUUAUAUCUAUUAUGUUUUAUUGUCUUACAGUUAAGCUAUUUUCGAAAACAAAUAAACAACCAAAAAAAUGUUAGUACUCUGCUUAUGUUUUACUGUAAGUUUUACUACAAACCAAACAUAGUUAUUGACGUCCAUGGUAAUCACAAAAUGAUCAUGGGUUUGAUAAGCCACUCACAUUCAGACAUGUACAACAGUGCUCCUGUUCACACCUUUACUCCUCAAAUAUUUUAUUAUCUAUCUCUUUCUCUGUAGUGUGACAGUCCACUCUUCAGAAAAGAGUGAUGGUUUGGGAGAUAAUACCUCAGAAGAUCCUGUAAGCCCUGAAGCAACCAGUUCUUCAAACAUUAUCAAAUAUCGUAUGUUCUUUCUGUGUAAAUUAAAUUUAGGAUGGAAUUCUGAAUAAUUACAAGAGUUUUCUUUACAAGCAGUGGGCUUUGGAAAAGUACUGGUGUUACGUCCACAGGGACGUGUAUUUAUUAUUUUUUUUAAAUUCCAUUAUUGUUCUUGAAUUUGUUUCAUUGCUGUUCACAGAUGUGGGUGUGGUUGAAUGCCCUUUGUGUUUUUGCUCGGUCUCUCCCUUUUCUCUCUCGCUCUGCUACUCCUCAGGGAAAAUCAUCACCACCUGUAGCUCCUUUGUGAGUGUGCCUGAAGACCAAGAGGAUAUCAGGGCAGUUUACACUCUGCCUGGGGACACACUUCUCCCCUGCUCCAGACUGAACCCUGUGCUAGCUUUUCGUGCAGAGACUAUAGUUGUGAUUAGCAGUGGCUAAUUUUUAUUUCUGCAUGGACUGUUAAUGGAUAUUGUUCCAGGCUGUGAUUGAGCAAAAGAAGAAGAACUCUUUUUCACUUUGUCAAACUAGUCAUCAUGAGAAUCCUUCCAGUUUCAGAACAUCUGCUGCUGUUAAUAAUGAUGUCGGUCCUGUCAUCAAGCUUGGCACAAACAACUGCAGUACCACAAACAAAUGUCAGGUUGGUGAAUGGUUUCAGCUUCUGUUCUGGAAGACUGGAGAUUCUCCAUAAUGGAAUUUGGGGAACUGUGUGUGACGAUCAGUGGGAUUCUCUGAAUGCUGCAGUGGUGUGCAGACAGCUGGACUGUGGGAACGUUGUAGAGUCACUACAUGUCUUUGGACAAGGUUCAGGGCAAAUAUGGUUGGAUGAGGUACAGUGCAUUGGGAUUGAAACUGCUCUUCAAAACUGUGCAUCAUCAGCAUGGGGAGUACACGACUGUGGUCAUCAUGAAGAUGUUGGACUAUUGUGUGAAGAAGUAUUCUAUCCAUUCGGCUUAGCAGCAGGAGACACAAACAACAGUGCUUCUCUUGAUGGAAGCUCCUCUGUUAUUCAGCUGUUGAGUCCAUUUCUGUUCUUUGGCCGCACUUACCAGCAGAUUUAUGUAAAUAAUAAUGGACACCUCACAUUCAACCAGCCUUCAGUGCAGAAUGUUCCAGACCACUUUCCUUCUUAUGGGAGCCAAGAUAUAAUUGCUGGUCUCUGGACAAACCUUGACAACCGUCAAAGAGGAGUAGUUUCAUAUCAUCAGUACACCAGUGGAAAUGUUCUCACACGCGCUACUCAGGAUAUAAACACACAUUUCCCAAAUCUGACUUUCACUGCUUCUUGGGUCUUUGUGGCAACAUGGGAUAAAGUGGUUUAUUUUAACACAAGUUCAGAAACUUUGUUUCAAGUGGUUUUAAUUUCAGGCAGUAAUUUUUCAUUUAUUCUGAUGAAUUAUGGUAAUGUUGCUGUAACUGGACAUCCGGUGCAGGCUGGUUAUGAUGCAGUCUACUCAGCUGACUACUUUGUGAUUCCUGGGUCAAACAAGGGGAACCUUAUUCCAAACCUCAGGAGCUCCAGUAAUGUCAAUUUUCCAGGUCGUUGGGCCUUCAGGGUGGACAGUGGACCAAAGUCAAAAAAAGAUACUGGAAACAUUCAGAUCAUUUUACAGCGAAUCAAACAGGAGCUGGUCAAGUACGGUCUGCCAAACAGUGUUGAGCUGAAAUUAAGAAAGUUGCAAAGGACGAAGCCGUAA